AUUUGAUAUUUUCUCCAUUUUCUUUCCACUUCUCAGCAUCCAAACAGACUGAAAAAUUGGGAAAAUUGCGGGAAAGUGUAAAAUCAGAAGCAUCUUAGCUAACCUUUCGCAACCAAUCCUAAACGGCAAAUUGCAUCGCAUAAUCACAGCUUAUUCAUGUCGAUACAAUCAGAAUCAGCCAUUGAUGAACAACAACAACAACAAGAAGAAGGAGAAGAUGGAAACCACGAACCAGCUCACCACCCUACCGCCCCUUCUGAUGAGUUUUUUGACAUCUCAACAACAGUUGAUCCUAGUUAUAUAAUAUCCUUAAUACGGAAACUUCUACCACCAGAUGGCAGGAAUGGUAAUAAAUCUCCUGAAGUUGAUGCUUAUGAUGCAUCUUCUCAAGGAUCAAAAGCUGAUGGAAGGGAUGAAAGUGGGGUCUUGCUGUCCCGGAAUGGUGUUCUGAAUGAUCAAUGCAAUGAAAUUGAGGCGAUGGAAACUGCUGAACUUACUGAUCAUGAUGGAGGAGAUGAUGGAUUACAUGAAAAACAGGGUGGAUCAGUGGGAGAACAUGCUUGGGAAGAGUGUGGAUGUGUUUUGUGGGACCUUGCAGCUAGUAAAACACAUGCCGAUUUCAUGGUGCAAAACCUUGUCCUUGAAGUGCUUUUGGAAAAUCUAAUGGUUCCUCAACCUGCUCGUGUCACAGAAAUUAUCCUCGGAAUAAUUGGAAACCUUGCAUGCCAUGAGGUGCCUCGCAAACACAUAGCCUCUACAGAUGGACUGAUUGAAGUAAUUGUUGAUCAGUUGUUUUUAGAUGAUACCCCUUGCCUAUGUGAAGCUUACCGGGUAUUAACUUUGGGACUUCAAGGUAGUGGAUGUGUUACUUGGGCUAAAACAUUGCAUCCGGAAAAUAUUCUAUCCCGUGUUUUAUGGGUUGCAGAAAACACCUUAAAUCCACAGCUUAUAGAAAAGAGUGUGGGGCUACUGUUAGCCAUCUUAGAAAGUGAGCAGGAGGUUGUUGCUACUCUACUUCCAAGUUUGAUGCAGUUGGGUCUUCCAAGUCUUCUGAUUAAUCUCUUAACUUUUGAGACAAGCAAAUUAUCAGGAGAAAGAGUACCUGAAAGGUACUGUGUUCUUGAUAUAAUUCUUCGGUCAAUUGAAGCUCUCUCUGUCAUUGAUGAUUACUCACAAGAAGUCAGUUCUAACAAGGAACUUUUUCAACUACUCAUUGACCUGGUCAAAUUCCCUGACAAAAUUGAGGUUGCCAACUCUUGUGUUACUGCUGCUGUUCUAAUUGCUAAUAUACUUACUGAUGUAGCUGAUCUAGCAUUGGAGAUAUCACCAGACUUGUCUUUCUUACAGGGCCUGUUUGAUGUAUUUCCUUUUGCUUCGGAUGAUAUUGAAGCGAGAAGUGCACUUUGGAGCAUUAUUGGAAGACUAUUGGUUCAAGUUCAAGAAAGUCAGAUGAGUUUAUCAACACUGCAUCAGUAUGUUUCAGUUUUUGUUAGCAAAUCAGAGCUCAUUGAAGAUGAGCUCCUUGACCAACAGUUAGACAACUGCAAGGACAGUGCAAAAUUAAGUGCUAGAGCUACAGCUCUGAGAAAGAUUAUCAAUAUUUUAAGCUGUUGGACUAACUCAAAGGGUUCUAUUGAGGAAAGCAAUAUCAUGGGGGAUAGUCAUGUACAAGAAGGGAUGGUAGAUGGAUUGUUGGAAUGCUGUCGCAAAUAUACUCAACCUAAUGCAGGAUCAUGAAUCAUUGAUUGAUCUCAUCCUCUAAAUGUCUCCCCGCCACCUCACUAUCAUCAUUAUAUACUGCUUUCUGAAUGUGUUGCCUUGAACUUUAUUUGAGCUUUCGAGUACUUUGCUCUCUGGAACAUAAAGCUGAAAUCAUUUGAGUGAAUUGGCUGGUUCCUUGAGAAAGGUGUACUUAUUUUCCAGGACUACAUUGUAAGAAGCCGUUCUCAUGUUUUCUUCCAGUUUCAAAAUCUUGAAUCAUAGAAGUGUGACAUGUGAUUCGCAUGAAGCAGGCCCAAUUAAAGGAUCAUUAAGUGUAUCUUUACAUGUAAUGGCUGCAAGUAUUCAAAGGGGGCAGGUAUGAUGUUAGGGUUUCUGCAUCGAUCUGACCAUACUUAGGUGGAAGUAGCAUCAAAAAUCAUCCAGAGGUUUCAGCAAUAAUGUAAUCAGCUAGGAGGUAGAAAUGUUGAAAUCAGCUUGCAUGCUUCGAUUCUGAUAGGUCAGUUGUGUCAUCGUUUACAUAUUGAUGGUGGCCUCACUCAUGUUGUGGAAUGCUGCAGUAAUGUAAUUGAGGCGAAUAUUAGAUGAUAUGAUAGUUUCACUAUAAUAUAUGAGGUCAUUUUGUAGCUCAUAA